CCAGUUUGAAACCUGACACUGGCUAGAAUAUACCUUGUAUGGCUACGUUCUCAUCAGGGUGGAAUGCAUUCUCGGAGAACUUGUAAAACGUGUAAUCAGUAGCUGUGCAUGCAACUUCCUGCUUAGCGGUUUUUGGCAUGUAUUGAAAGUCUCCUUGAGAAGGAAAGCAUAAAACUAGCGUACAGUUGAAAAGAUCCUUUGUUGGUUACUAAUGAUAGUAUGUCGCCUUUCGACGUCUAGAACCACACGAGUCGAAAACGGACAGACGAACAGUCAUUCAAUAUGGGACAAAAAGUAAUGAAAAACAAACUUUUGCCUUCUGACAUUGAUGACAUUAAAUCUCGAGUGAGCUUCUCAGACAGCGAAAUCCAGGAUUGGUAUGAAGAAUUCAAGAAAAGUGCUCGAGUGGAAAAAGGGGAGGAAUAUUUAACGGAAAAGGAGUUUAUUUCCGUAUACAACAAGGUGUUCCCCGGAGACAGCUCGGAUUAUGUUCGACAUAUUGUACGGACUUUCGACACUGAUGGCAAUGGCAAGAUUAGUUUCCGGGAGUUCCUGAUCGGUCUCAACGCGAGCGGAAGUGACGACUUUCACAAAAGCCUGCGUUGGGCGUUUGAGGUUUACGACAUCAGCCAGAACGGGAUGAUCUCCAGAUCGGAAAUGGAGGAAAUAGUCAAGUCAGUGUACAAGAUGCUCGACUUCAGCCGUAUUCUUCUACCACCUGAGUACGCCACGCCUCUUAGCGUCGUGGAGACGAUGUUCAAGGUCAUGGACAAGGACGGUGACGACAAUAUCACGUGGGAAGAGUUCCGCGAAGGUGUAAUGGCGGACUCGUUCCUCCUCAACCUUGUGCAGUGUAACCCUCCCCAUGACCCCGGGGCCCCCAGGGGGACCACCAUGGGGACCAGGCAGUGUUCGACUAGUUACGGCCACCAGCCCGACGUCUACACCGACAGUGUACCUUUGUCAUGCAUCUGUUAUCUACGAUCAUGUGUUCCUUGCAUUCGCCAACAUAUGCUCAGCUAGCGUUAAUAUUGUUUUAACUUCAUUUUUAUUUUUUGUUAUUAACAUCCAAACGCUUUUAGUGCACUUCCCAGUGUAUUAAACGUAAUGCGCUAAUGUGUAUAUAUAUUUGCAAUUUUCGCAUCCUUGCUUAUUAAAAACAGGCCAACUGUCUCGUAUAUACCCAGAAACAAUCAUUCUCAGAUUCAUUUACUCUCAGCUGACUUUAUGAACGUAAUGUACAUGUACUGUAUGAAUGUAUAGCAUUGAUACAGUCCAGGAUGUGUUUGAUUUUUGUUGUGUGUGUGAUUCACCUCAGAAACUGGCAGUCCUGGUAGAACUACCAAACAGACAAUAAACAGUAUAAUACACUCCCGGAUAUGUGUGUGUGACUCAUCUCAGAUACUGGCAGUCCUGGUAGAACUACCAAACAGACAAUAAACAGUAUAAUACACUCCCGGAUAUGUGUGUGUGACUCAUCUCAGAUACUGGCAGUCCUCAAGCAUUCAUACCUCCUAUGUUACGAUAUAGGAGGUACGAAUGCUACGA